AGACCGACUAAAAGCGAUAGCUGAAGCCGGCGAGGUGCCGGAGUCUGUCACAACGCCGAAGAGAGCUGGUGAGACCAAGGAAGAGCUUAUCAGAGCGGAGAGCGUGGCCAGGCGCGAGGAGUCCGUUCCGGCCCUCGACGGGCAUGGCCACCACGAUGGUGAGCCUGGAGCAGUGGGCGGAUACCGCCCGGGGAGCGUUCUCAAGGCAGUGAUGGCUCGCUCGAGACGGAACUCGGUGGAUUCGAAGAAGUCUGACUCGAGUGUGACGACGACAUCCUUACAAGAUCGCUUGUUUACCAAGUAGUUACUUGCCUCUCCGCCUUGUUCCCAAGCGAGAUUGCUGAUUGGUAUAUGGCAGGCUACUACAACAGAUGAUUCCUAGUGAUGGGGCAGAGGAUGGGGAGGAUGUUCAGAAUGUGGCUGUUUACAGUAAACGGCCGGGUUUUAGUUUGCCGUUGAUGGCGAACAACUUCCGUCGGUUUAAUGCAAGAAUCGGGGUGGUCUUUGUAUUUCAAGCACAAGCCGAGAGGGUCUUUGCCUGGGCAAAGCCUACACAUACCCUGUCUUUCCUCUUCGUCUAUUCAUUUGUCUGUCUGGAUCCAUACCUGCUGGUGAUUCUGCCCAUCAUGAUAUUCCUGCUGUUUAUCAUGGUGCCGGCGUUUUUGGCUCGUCAUCCGCCUCCCCCGACGGGCUCGAAAACCAACACCACACCGUAUUACUCUUACCAGGGCCCUGCCCUGGCUCCGGCAAAGACCAUCAAACCUGCGUCCGAGACGUCCAAGGAUUUCCUCCGCAAUAUGGGGGAUCUUCAGAAUGUCAUGGCGGACUUUUCUGACGUCCAUGAUGCAACCAUUUCCAUCUUUGCUCCAAUCACAAAUUUCUCCAACGAGACCCUUUCGUCGGCCACGUUCCUCCUGUGUACAAUACUAGCUGCAGCCCUGUUUCUGACUGCACAUCUGGUACCUUGGAGAUUCAUAUUCCUGUUCGGUGGCAAUGCGGCGAUCAUCUCGAAGCACCCCAGGUUCUGGUCCUUUGUGCAAACCCUUUUGCGGGACCUGGCGGAAGACGACGAAGAAUCUCUUGAUGUGCCGGGUGACCACAAAGAAAAAGAAGCCGUGGACGUCCUGGGUCUUUCUGUGCCAUCUUCCCCAUCCGCGACCAUGGCGCUUCUCGAGAAGGUUGCCAACAUCUCGCUGGAUUCGUACCCCGAGGAGCGCGAGGUCGAGGUGUUUGAGCUCCAACACCGGUCUCCCGAAACUUACUCAUCGUCGUCUGCCCUGUGGGAACAUUUUUUAUUCUCCCCCAUGCCGUACGACCCGCUUUCUCCUGCGCGAAUUGCAGGUGAUCGCCCCCGUGGGUGUCGUUUCUUCGAGGACGUCCAACCGCCGCCCGGCUGGGGAUGGAAGGGUAAGAAGUGGGAGCUGGACAUAGACUGCCGCGAGUGGGUCGUUGAGCGGAUUAUCACCGGUGUCGGAUGUGAAGUACAAGGCAGCACGGCGGAGCCCAAUGGCACUGCCGGUGAUGAAGUCGGUGGUUGGGUCUGGGACCUGCCUCCUGCGUCAUCUGGGAGUCAUGAAACUUCACGCGAGGAGGACGAGAUUCCCACAACGCUGGUCUACGGGGAUCUGAGUGACUCGUAUAACUCUCUGAAGAAGAAUGGCAAAUCCCCCAAGGGGAAGAGGAGAAUUCCUUCCUAUUCCGCUUCUCGAGACUGGGAGGAAGGCACUGGAACAGUAGGUCCUCGAGCGAUGGGAGAAUGGAGGAGGAGACGGUGGGUGCGUGUCGUCCACCGGAUCAGUAUUGCGGAUGAAAAUCCCAAGAGCGGUCGCUAAUGCAUCCAUGGCUGACGAUUCUCUAUGUAAUGCCCGCCAAUUUAG